AUGACGCUCAAUAUUACCAUAGGCUCAGACCGUGCUUCAGAUGAAGAAGAUUCAUCGGAAUCCGGGGUUGAGAUCGCGCCACCGUCCAUCACUGGAAGCCACGCAUCUCACGACUCGCACGCAGAAUGGGCAGACGUCCCACUUCCAGACGAGCUGAAGCCCGGCAAAAAAGCUUAUAAACCGCCGCCACGAGUCCAAAGUAGGUACUGGGCAGCAGCGCCGUCCCCAUUUAGGGUUAGCAAGCAGGACGACUGGUUGAUUUCAUCUGGUGACAACGACAAAGACAUCACUGCGCACCUCAAUCUGGAUGUUGCUUUGGAUCUGGAACAUGAGCUAGGAUACCUUGCGCGCUUAAAUCGAUUGGGCCACUUUAAAAAGGGUAUUCGUUACUUUGAAAGACGCCUCGCACCCUAUGUCGACUUCUUCCCCGUGGUAGCCGAAUAUGCAGACCUCCUCUUGGAGCAAGGGAAUUUCGGGAAUUUGCAUCAGUUUAUUUCAAGUCGCUUGAAGGACCAUCUAGUUGAAUAUUCGAAGGAGGAAUACAUCUUGCUGAAAAUCUUGAAGGCCUUUGCGGAGAUCUAUACUAAAGGAGCAAUAGUACCUGCAUUGAACAUGGCGAAAGAGACGCUGAGCCAUUUGUCGGUGAGGAAACAUGUUUCAAAAGUCCCCAGUUUAUCUACUGGCGUUAAGAUUCAAUUAUUGGAGAUGUGCGUACGUAUAAUCACCAACGCGGCCGCAUACUCCAACCUUCUCGAGACCGAAUCGUUCAAUCCCCUUUUGUACUGGUCUGCUUCUAGUAAUGGGACAGUAAAGUUAGACGACAAAGGCGAUAGUGGCGAAAUACAUGCGAGGGGAUAUAGAACUCCCCGGCAAAGCCCUCCUCGAAUAGGUUCUUGGUAUCGUUUCCUGCUCCAGGAAGGCUUUUCAUGGGAUGCACACCGUAUUCUACGGUCUAUAUUGCCCAUGCUUGGGUCCCCGGAUGGACAUUACAUCUUUAACGGACGCUUUGAGGAAUUCUUCGAACUGAAAAACAUCUCUGAGGCCGAGAAAGUUCUACUUCAGCCGGCAGAGAUGUCGUUCCAGGAUGAGCAGGUUCUGUUGGCUGAGUUUGCGAACGCAUGCCUGCUUGCGGAUUUCCUGAGUGCGGAACGCUUUAGUGAAAUUGUCCAGGUGGCGGGCUGCCAAUUCUUACAGAGAUCCCGCUCCCUAGCAUCGGCAAUACUCCUAGAAUACCCACACUUAAUCAGCACUCGACCAUACUUGGAUUGGCUCUUGUCUGAGAGCAUUCGAAUUUUGCCAUUCUCCCGUCAUGUCCAACCGCUAGUAAAGAAUACGAGGCUGGUUCCUGAUAGCUGGACUUGGAAGUCUUUCGACAAUAUGCAAUUCCUUCACCAGAGAAAGCUGUCUAUGACCAGGGGAACAGAGCUACCAAAGACUCCUAACGAUCCUCCUUCAUUUCAAAGCCUCGAAUCUAUAUCUGAAUGCGUCAGGGGUCUGGGAGAUUAUCGUCUGGAGCGGUCUGUGCUUCAUCAAAUGUUCUGGCAUUCACUGGACUGGGACCAAAGCCUUCAAGCACUAAGGGACCUGACCCGGCUGAAUCGCGACCUAAUGAGUGACACUUGCGGGUAUCUCCAAUCCUUGAUCGACGAGUGCAUUGCCCUGGAUUAUAGCAACGCUCCCGAUUGUGAGAGAUUGCGAGAAGAUCUGUAUAGUCGCUUCUCUGCAUUCGACCACUCCUUUCCUUUUCGCUUUGAUUAUGAUACAGCGGUGCAUGAAAGCUCUGCCAUUGUCUUUUUUGACAACGCUUUGCUCAAAUAUAUUGAAAGGAACAUGCUUUUCGACUUCUUAGUCGAGACAGGACGAGGUACUGAGGCUGAAUUGGUGGGAAUGAAACUAUCCCGUACAGGUCACUACUUGCCCGGCGAGAUUCGAUCCUCGUUGAUUUCUACCGGCAGGUAUUUCGGCCGCACAGAUUCUCUAGCAGCAAAGCAGAUUCCAAAAUCAGCAGAAAUUAAGGGUCAUAUUCCCGAUUCGACAUUAGCUGGAUAUCGGGUCCCUGAUCUGGUUCCAGGGCCAUCAGAUGUGCGACGAGAUGGCCCAGGUGGAAUACCCCGAGCGAUCUUACAAGUUCCCUACCGUAGCGAUGCUGCAGCUGAUGAUACCGCAUUGUCGUUAGAAAGGUUGAUCCGACAAGGUCGAGAUGCGGAGCGGGCCAAACAGACGGGAGACCUCGUUGAAAGGGAGAAGAAGGCCAUGAAGCAGGAGCGUGUGAGGUUUACGCAAGAAGUAGCCAGAUUCAGGAGACACUUUCAAAUUGAAGAGGAAAAGAAAAGGGUGGCUCAGACAGAUUCUACAUCCCUAGUGACGCUCAAGGAUCCAGUGGGCAGGGCCUUUCUAUUUCCAUUUAAUCAGUGUCGUCCCUUUGCUGCAAUGAAGGGACUCAUGCAGCAAGUCUUUCGGUCCGAUAAUAUUCUCGCGCCUCACAUUGCCAAAGGGAAUUAUAGGUUCACCAGCCUCGAUGGUAAUCCCAUCACACGCGACAGUUGGGACUCCGACAUCCAGCCCGGUGGGACCAUUAUGGUUCAUAUCACGUCUGACUUGGGGCAGGACUUAUCUCAGGAGCCCGAGAAAGCAAACACAGAACAUGACCAGCCAGUGGAAGGAGAACGUCUUACUGCCCAGUUGGAGUCAGUAAACAUCGUAGAUCCCGAAGACAAACAAGAUCAGGGACCUAGAGUUGACGAUGUAUCCGAUAGUUCGACCUAA